GCACGCACACAGCUGGAUGGAUAGCAGCGUCUCCGCCACAGCAGCCAAAGGAUGUGAAUUUUGACAUUUUUUAAAGUUUGUCACUCACAGAAAGCAGCAGCUGGAGGCAGCUCGACUCACCAGGUCCACACACAGGCGGUGAACAUAACAGCUGGAUACUAACACAGCACGCGGCAGCCGUCUGAAAACAAACUGCUCCAUUUUAAUGAGUUGAUUUGAAGAUAGUUAGCUACUGAGCAUUCGUCCAGUGAGCUGUAGACACACACAGUCAUGAUGGAGUCUAUCUUAGACAGUUUAGCAGCAGAGAAACUCUACCCGUCCGGCGGGACCAACCUGUUGGACCUGGAGGAACUCAGCGACGGAGAUUUCCUCACUAAUGUGCCUUUCUCAGGUGACCAGAUGGACGACUUCAGCAGUGAAUUAUUCAGCAGUUUCUUUGACGACCAUCUAUUAGAGCGGCCCCUUCUGGCAGACAGACCUUCCCCUUUACACAUGGACAUGGACGACAGCAGCCCAGAUAUUCAAGCAGAGCACAGCUACUCUUUAAGUGAAGACUCCGCCCCCCAGAGCCCAGCCCUGUCAAUCAAAAUGGACCACGAGUCUGAAUUUGAAUGGAGCUUCAGUCAGGACCUGUCCGCCAUCUUGGUGAAACAAGAGGAGCCAGAUGUUGGUCAAAGGUUAGACCCUCAGCCUCUGGAAGGCCCGCCUCUCAUAUUAAACCCCGCCCCGCCACAUCGAGGGUCACCAUGGAAACACACGGAGCCCAGUCAAGACAGUGUGAAGCCAGUAGCCAUUAAAGAUGAACCCAGAGAGAUUGGACAGUACCUAAGCCUGCCCAGCGACGACACUCUCCAGCUCCCGCCCACCCCUCCCAGCAGUAACCACGGCGACAGUGACGGCUCCCUCCCUCCCUCCUCCCCACACCUCCCCUUGCCACCGUCUUCCCCUCAACCACAACAGAGGCCAGGAGGUCGUGCCUCCUCCUCUUCCUCCUCCUCCUCCUCCUCCUCAGCCAUCUCUUCUUCACCUCUCCUCACUGCACCACAUAAGCUGCAGGGUUCAGGACCCCUCUUGCUGACGGAAGAAGAGAAGAGGACCCUAGUUGCCGAGGGUUACCCAGUACCUAACAAACUUCCUCUCACUAAGAGUGAAGAGAAGGCACUGAAGAGGGUCCGGCGGAAGAUUAAAAACAAGAUCUCAGCUCAGGAGAGUCGGAGGAAGAAGAAAGAAUAUGUGGAAUGUCUGGAGAAAAAGGUGGAGAGCUACACGUCAGAAAACAGCGACCUGUGGAGAAAAGUAGAAAACCUGGAGACUGCCAACAGGUCUCUCCUGCAGCAGCUGCAGAAGCUUCAAUCAUUGGUUUCAGGGAAAGUUGUUCCCCGUUCAUGUAAAAUAGCCUCAACCCAAACAGGGACAUGCCUCAUGAUGGUGGCCGUGUGUUUUGUCCUGGUGUUGGGCUCCUUCUCUCCCUGCUUCUCCCCCCUCUCCCUCCUCAGUCACACCCCCUCUUUGUCCUCAUCCUCCUCUUCCUCUCAUCCCUCCCCUUCUCCUCCUCUUUCAUCAGCGGACCUCUACACCACCAGUCAGGUCCGUUCCCGCAGCCUGCUCUUCUACAACGAAGGGUCUCCAUUGGAGGAGAGUUUAGUGACAUCAGAGGGGGAGAGGCUACAGUCUGAGGGCCACGUCCAGACAAGCCGAUACACAGCUGACAACAGCAAUCAGACAACUAGGCCCAAGUUAGACCGGAGAGAAACAAAACCAGAAGGAGCCUCCGAGUUUUUCUGACACAGCCGGACCCUUCCUCCCAUGACUUCUAACCUCUGACCCCUAACAAGCCCUCAACGUCCUGAUUCCUGAACUCAGCGGGCUUCAUAUCGACAUCCACCUGGACCAAAAUCAAUCCAUCAUCAACCCUUUCAGUACGCCUCGAGACAAGAAUUCCUCCACCCUCCACUGCCGGUUCACUGCCUGUACAUGGUGCUUCACUUCUCUGCUUCAACAGACUCUGCCACACCUGAAGAUACUUGAUUUUAAAGGGACCAUCUUAUUGGAAUUUCUACGUUUACACAUUAAAAUCCAACUAAUCUGUUAAUAUUUAAUUUAAAAUAGUAACGAAGAAUAUUUUAAAAUACAUUACAAACCUAAGGCUUUAAUUGAAGAACAUCCAGUAUUCAGUAACCUAAAGAUGUGACUUGUAGCAUUAUAACAGAAAACAGUUUAUCACCACAAACUAAUCACAUGAUCGCCAAGAGAAAAGACAGAUGUAAGCUAUUUUUGCCUGGUUUCCACAUGCGUAUGUGUAUGGAGACGAGGCAACCAGAAGUCCAUUCAUUCCUAUGGGAAUCUCCAUGAUAUCUGUAAUAUUUCGGCCUGUGCCACUAAUUCCAUGCCACGUACCUGGCAGGUCCUGUUCUGGUCCCAGUAAUGUUCCAAGUGCAUAUUCCAAACUAAUGGAAGGCAAAAAAUAGACAAAAUUAGCCUCUACGUCAUGGCUACAGGUUUUUUUUCAUCCGUAAAGAAAUACACUUCGUUGUGUUGGACACUAUAGGCAUCAUCUGUAUAUUUACAGAUAUAUGAACACCACUCACAUACGCAAGUGGAAAUGAGGCGUUAAGCUUUUGUCCAGAGGUGCGAACCACAGUCAGACUCAAGUCACAAAUUUGAUGACUUAAGACUCGACUUGACAAAUCCAAAAGAUGAACCUAAAGACGCAAUUUGUAGCAUUUUCACAAAAACACUUUAUCACCACAAACUAGUCAGAGCAUUGUCCAGAGGAAAGACAGGUAAGUCAUGUGAGAAGAGUAUUAUCCAGAAGUGUGGACUCAGGUCAUAUGGCUUGGACUCAAGUCAGACUCAAGUCAGAAAAUUUCAAGGCUUCAUAAUUGACUUGACAAAACCAAAAGACUUGCAACUUGACUUUGACAUCACUUGGAAUUGAGCCUUUUGACUAGAAAAUACUUGAUACCUUCCCCAAAGCCCAAAAAAAGUACAUUAUUUAAAAAGUGUGCCACGAAUCAAUUAAUUUCCUGAAUCAACAAACAUUAACACUGUUCAGUCCCAGCAAUCCGACACUUAAUCCCCCAACUAAUCAGUUGUCAAGUUGCAGGAGAGAACCAUGAAUAACUAAUGUUGCGUUACUUAGUGCUAGUUGGACAAUAUGUCAUUGAAGAUAAGUAUACUGAAUACCAAAAAUUACAGACAGAGAUGCAACAACUUUCAGCUGCAUAUGACAUUUGAAGUUGCACCAAGAACGGUAACUUGAGACUAAUAGUAACAUAAUUAGCUAACGGUUAGCUAACGUUAGCUUAACAUCGUAAGUGCUAAUAUCGUAGGCAACUGGACUUGCUUGCAUUUCUUGAAGACGUUUCGCCUCUCAUCCAAGAAGCUUCUUCAGUUCUAAAUGACUGGUACAAAGUUGCAGGCUAGCCUACAAUUACCAUGACCUAGAUGACUGAGAAUCUUCACCGACAAGUUAGCAUCUUACAAAUUUUUAAAAGCAUCCAUGAACGAAAUAUUACUCUGCUGUAUAAAAUGGCAUUACCGUUCGUGAAGAGCGCAUUAUUAUCUGUUUAGGACUCGAAACUCAAAAGUUUAAUAGUUGGGACUUGACCUAAGACUUGACACAGGACUUGAGUGUAAAGACUAGAGGCUUACUUGGGACUUGCAAAACAACGACUUGGUCUCACCUCUGGCGUUAUCUUACCAUGUCAAGACAGACCGAAAGCAAUUAUUAGCUGCUUUUGGCUCCCUCACUUUCUCUCCAGAACUAAUGUAGCGUAGCCAUUUUAGAGGGAAAGCGAGCUUUAUGGGAAAUGUAGUUUUAACGUCUAGAGAAACACACAAUGAUACACCUUUGCACCUUUAAAGAACUUGUGAAUAUAAAUACAUAUGGAUACUUGACGGACCUCCACUGUGGGAGUUUAUGUUAGCACACGAUGCUUGGAUUUUCCAAGACAAAACUAAAUAUUGAAAAUAACACGUCUAGUCCUUUUUAAAAGGAAGUUGUGCCAUUUAAAAAGUGCCUUCCACUUACUUCAGUUAAAUAUAACCAACUUGGCCUUACACCUAAAGCCCACACACUCACCUUAAAAACCUAACUAGAUCACACACUGUUUAAAUCAGGGCUGGCCUCUGCCUUUUUGGGCUCAUUUUGCCGUCUCUAUAGUUUUUGUUUCUUUUGAAUAAUCAUAAACUGGAUUAAUGUUUAGGAUUUAUUUGGGGGAAUUGUUUUAUUUACACGCCUGUAGGUGUAAAAGCUUGUCAGAUUCACCUUUGCUACGAGCCAGCCUUGGUUUGACCUGCUUACCAAACAGUUUUUUUUGUUUUUGUGUAUUUUAUUUUUCCACUUUUUGAAUCCAUCUCAAGUUUUUCACAUCCAGAUUCUGCAUAAUUUUGGGGGGAACCAUAUUUUCAUAUCAAGGGACCACUAAAGGGGUCCUGACAGAGGUUGGGAAACAUGACAUAAAAGUAUUUUUAUGGAACUAAAAAUUGUAUAUAUAAUAUAUUUGCAGCAUCAAAAAAGAGCAUAUUUAAUUUAUGCAACAAAAAAAGAAAUACUGAACGUGUUUUUAAGGUUAGUUUAUGUUCUUGUGUUUUUGUUUUUUAUAAAUAAUGUUUACAAAAAACACCAAAAUACAACUUAUAAUAUAUUCUGAGCAUCAAAAAAAGAGCAUAUUUAUUGUAUGCAAGAAAAAAAAAGGAAAUGUAUGUUGUGUUUUGGCAUUUAGGAUGAUGAAGUUUUACAUGAUGGUGUGUAGUUUACAUGCCGUUUUAUGGAGUGUAAAACUUUGACAUGAUCUAUUUGUGUCUUUUAACUGUAAUACAGUGUUUAUGUUCCACUGCUGUCGCAUGACAACCUGCGAGGGGCUUUUUUUUGUUCCCUCGUGAUUUAAAAAUACCAUUAGCUUAUACAAUUACACCUUCAAAAAGCUAAUUAUUACUGUCAAGCUGAAGUUUCUUGACCUAAAAAGACACAGAGGAUUUUUAAAUAAUAAAAACAUUGACGAUAAUGCUUAAUGUAGAUAUUUUUAUGUCAUAAAUUCAUCAAACCAAACAGCAACAUCGAUGCUAAAAGAGCUCGUGCGACAGCAGUGUAUGAUGUAUUUAUUCCUGUUUGUAGAAAGUGUGUAUAUAUUGAUGAAGCCAAUCAGGGGACUAAAACAUUCCAAGAAGUAAAACACCACUAGCUUCGUUACUCCACAAUUUGAAGGAACACCGGGACAUUUACAAUAAAUCUUUAAUUCUUCACCACUAUUCUGACAAUGUGAGAAAAAAAUUGAACAAUUAAAUGUCAUGGUAUUCCUUUAAAUUAAACGCUAUAAAAACAGACCAAAUCCUUAAAUAAAUAACUCUUACUUAUAAAAUACUCAGUACAAUUAACACAUCUUCUCAGUUUUUUUUCUUAUUCAUCUGUUUCAUUUUGUGUCCGUCAUCUUGUGUGUACACAAAAACAUCACGUGACUGCAGCCCGUUGCACAAACAUCCUGUCAUUCUCACCCGUUAACAGUCAUAAUGCACCAGUGUACAUAAAUAAUGACAACCUAAUGUGCAGUUGUUGUAAAUAAGGGCCUUGUUUUUGUAUUGUGACAUAGUAAUCUGAGAUUUUAACCUGUGGAAUCAAGUUGGAAAGGAAAAAAAGAGAAUUUUUGAGGGGAAGGACAAUGUAAAGAGGGGAGGGAUUAAAAAAUAAGGGAGGGUGAGUUUUUUCAACUUGUAAAGAAACCUUAAUAACAUAGCAGCUGCACACAGUUCAGAUGGUUGUUAAACACCAGGUAGUGCUUGAUUAUUCUCACCUCUUCGUGGAUAUGUUAGAGAGAGAAUAAUCAAGCACUUCCUAUGUAUUUGAAAUGUGUUUGGGUAUAAUGUUGUCUUGGUUUGUUGUAUAGCGUCUUGCAUGUUCCUCCAUAUACAACUAUGUUAUCUUAGUGUAGUCAGUAGAGUAGAAACCAGCAAAAUAUUAAAAAACUGCAUCAGCAA